UGUUUCAGGAAGUUCUACCAAUUCUGCCAAUUACUGCGAUCGACAAUUCAAAACCUGGAAGAUUAAACUUCGAGUUGCGUUGCGUCAGAUCCGACAGGAAGUGCUCGGCAGCUUGAGAAACCUGCUGACGUUUGAAACGAACCAAUCCUGUAUGAGCUUGAUCCAAUUAACGCGUGACAACACGUUGUCGCGACUUCUUUCCUGGACCCACAUUUUUCCUCCUAUUACUCGAAUCGGCCAGCACUUUUAAAGGAAAUCCGCAUCUUGCCCAGCCUCCUUUGUUCUUACUUCAGCCCCAAGUCUCUAUGCAACACCACACAAUAUACAUUCACGUCUGCCUAUCGCAGCACCUUUCUCCGUCUCAUUCCUCAGCAAGCUUCAUUCUCGCAUCGUAACGAUUGAAACCCGAGUUUGAGCCAUCAAGAAUGUCUGGCCCACGCACAAAGCGGCAAUUCGCCGGCGCAGCCAGCGACCCCUCGCAACGCCAGAUCACGUCCUUUUUCCCGAAGACCGUAACUUCAACCUCUCCCACGUCCGCCAAUGCCGCCAGAAAAUUAUCGAACCAAGCGCCCCUCAGUGCCCCUGUUCUUCCAGCGCAGGUUCAGACAGACUUACUGAACGUCGGCAUGCGAGUCCGCAAGGCCAUCCCAGAGGGCUACAAGACGGGCGGCGCCUACAGCACAUUCACACUCUGGGCGGAGGAGAGCACCAGCAACUCGAGCUCAGAUCCCCGCCCUGUUUCCGCAACACCCACCGCAACAUACUCAUCCGCGAUGCGCGAGCUUGAGCCUUUCUGCGGCAUCAACAAAAUUGGGGGCCUCGCCUUCCAGCCAUCAUACCACCCAGAGGACGAUCUCGAGGCCAUGCCAGGUCUCACGAGCAGCCAAGACACCAUCGCCAGCACUGCGAGCACCAUGUCAUCAACCCCCGCCACUAGCCUCAACGUCACCGCGGCAGCCCCGUCAGCACCCAGCCGCAAACGCUUCUUCAGGUCAGAAGAAGACGAAGCAGCCCACGACGCUCUGGGCGCCUCCCUGCCAUACAGGGGCCCAUUCCGCCUCAGCAGCGAUAAUCGAGACGCCUGGCUAGAAGAGGAGGUCUCGCCUCGGAGCCUGGGGCCGCCGGCCGGGAUGUGGGAGAAUGCACGGCUGCUGGCUGUGCCGAGGCGGACUCGACAGGGGAGGAAGGUUGAGGCUGCUGGAGAAUUGGGCGGACUGGGACAAGAGAAUGUCAUGGUAACGGUGCCAGGGCAGGAUGGGAAUGACUUUGAGGAGGCCAGCUUCUUGGACUAUGGCCUGAGGGCGGAUGGGAGGAUGGAUAUUGGGUGAGCGGGGCAUGGGGUUGGUUUGCAUUGCACUGUUGACGGCGUUUAUGGCGUUUUCCGGGUGAGCCAGUUGCCCAAGACUUGGCUGGAUGGGAUGCAUUAUACCAUGGUAAAUGGGCAGGUUUCGCAGGCAUUACGGGGGAUACGGCGUUGUAUCAGAGAAUUGGUGCGGGUGGAUGCAGUGCAUUCUAAUAUUGGUGUUUGAGUAAACCUACAACCCGUAGCGCGAGCAGACGAAAUCGACAUUGAAUGACUGUUACCUCAGU